ACUUUAUACCCCACCGCCAGUGUUUAUGUGGAAGUGUCAUUUAGAAGAUCACCGUCGUCUGCGCCAUAUUCAAACCGAUUUCCCUCCCAAUUCGUCAUCAUUUCCAGGCCCUUUUCGCUAUCAGAUGUUUCUUCAUGGUGUAUUUAUUGCGCGGACUGCAUCACCUGCCGUUGCCACACACGCCAGACCCGAGAAAUUAGGAUACUAAAUAAGGCUUGUUGACCCCGCAAACUCUACCUCCAGAAUGGUUCUCGUUGAACGUUCCAUGAGCGAAUGCUCAGAUGACAUUGAUAUACGUCCAUUGGAAUUGGGGGAUCUACAGCGAAGACUUUCAGAGAGGGAAGAAACCCAAGCGGUAUCUGAGAAGAGUGAUGAUGGCGGCCUUUUACUACCCAAUGAUUCUGGUAAUCGAUUUUUCUCAGCUGUCUUUGGUAUAGUAUCGAGCAAGAAGAAGGAGCGUCCUCUUCGUAAGGAAGUACUUGCAAAGAUGCGAUGGAAAAGUGCAAUCAUGAAGGCUCGUAACAUGGGUGAUCCUUGGGAGAAAUUCCAUCUUGAUACUUACAAGACAGAGAAGGCCAAGAGACAUCGUUACAAUGCAAAGCGUCAGUGCUGGGUUGUUGAUGAGGUGGUCAUUAAAAUGGAAGAGGACCCUUUCAAUCAUGGGGCCAUGAGGGAAUGUUACCGCUUAAAGAAACUGAGUAACUUCCAGAAGGAUGACUGGGUUCGUGCUCACAACUACGUGGCAAAGAGGUACAUGGAUGAAGAAACUCCACGUUCCACUUACUUUGAGGAUGUGAGAUUACAGAUGGAUGCGAAGUUGUGGGGAGAAGAAUUUAAUAGACAUAAUCCACCAAAGAAGGUGGAUAUCUUUCAGAUGGCCAUCUUAGAAAUGAUAGAUAGAGAAGGAAGUCCACUUUAUCACCUGGAGCAUUUUAUUGAAGGAAACUAUGUCAAGUACAACUCAAAUUCAGGUUUUGUGAAGUCAGAUGCAAUUCGAAUGACUCCGCAAGCAUUUUCUCACUUUACAUUUGAAAGGUCUGGCCAUUCAAUGAUAGUUGUUGACAUUCAAGGUGUUGGAGAUCUUUAUACAGAUCCCCAGAUUCAUACCAGCAGAGGGGACGACUAUGGUGAUGGUAAUCUGGGAACACGAGGCAUGGCAUUAUUCCUCCACUCUCAUCGGUGCAAUUCCAUCUGCCAAAGCCUGGGUCUAACAGCAUUUGAUCUAGCUCCCAGUGAAAUGGAAGCUUCAAAGAAGGUUGAUGUCUUGUUGGCCUCCGCGAAGACCAUUGUACGGGGAACUGAAGAGAUGGUUGUGACUCCAGUUGGGGAGGACACAAGAAAUAUUCAGGAAUACCUACGAACACGAUCACUUUCCUCUGGCUAUAUGUCUGGGGAUGACAGGCCCAGAAUCAAACUAACAUCUAUCAGCUCAGUAGAGUCUUAUGAAAGUGAUGAUAUACCUAUGCUGUCGGAGAGUGAGGAUUCUGCCAUCAGUUCUGCAAAGAGAGAAAGGAACUCUCAUGAGAGGGAAAGACAGCGGUAUGAUUCCAUGUCAGAAUUUGGAUCAGAAUCGUCUACUGCAAGUAGAGAAAAUGAAUUAUGUAAUUUUAGAGAGAUGGUGCAAAGACGGUCUCGUCCAUCCCAUGUGCUGGGUGAGAUACAGCACCGCAAGAUGUUGGAGGAACUAGAGGAGAGCAAAAGUAAAACUGGCGGAUCAAUACUUGGACAGAUUCAUUUAGACCUUGCCAAAUACCACGAACUGAAUAGGUUUGUUGAGGAGUCGGAAACUUAUGAUCACGAAGCUGCUCUCUACCAUCUGAAUCAGGCAGCAAAAUGUGGUAUAUUGGAGGCCAUAGUCACUGUGGCUUAUCUGCAUAUGGGUUUGCCUCACAAUAUUCUUCCUGAUAUUGAACUUGAUGAAGAUGAGAGGGACAUGGAUAAUGGUUUCAACUACUUGUUGCAAGCAGCUCAAGCAAAUGAUCGAGGAGCAAUGAUUCAUAUUGCCAAGAUAUAUGAUACAGGAAUAGGCCUUCCUGAAUUUAGAACUGUUGAUUGGAAGCAAGCGGUGUUUUGGUACGAUAAAGUGGUAAACACGAACACAGAAGAUGAAGAAGGAAACUUUGAUGCUACAAUGGAUGACCCUCAGUACCAAUUGAUUGCUAGAGAAGCCACAAUGUAUUGGCAGGGAGGGAAUGGACUAGAUAAGGAUCCUUAUAAAGCUGGAGAGCUGUUUAAUUAUGCUGCAGAGUUAGCUACAGAGGCCAUGAAAGGGAAACUAGCGUCCAAGUACUACAUGCAAGCAGAAGAAGCUUGGGCUGAAUGUGAUGAAGAGUAGUCUUCGUCAAGAGUUGUAAAUAAAUGUUCAAACAUAAUUUUGAAGCUACCCGUUAUAAGUUUAUCAUACUCUUAAUUCAUCCUUAAUUCAUCUGUCAUCCAUUUCAUUGAAUCUACAGGUUAUGAAGACAAGAGGCACUUUUAAGUAUUUUGUGUUAAAAUUUUGUAUCGAGAUGUAAUGUGAUGUAGUUGCAUAUUUAUGAAACAGACAUGCCUGUAGUAUAUCAGACAUGCCUGUAUAUCUUAGUUUAGUAUAGAUUUUUGAAUUGUUAAAUUAAUUGUUACUUUGAGAAUUAUUUUUGUAAAUAGUACUUUAAAUGAGAAUAUUGGGAGCUCAUUCAUUGUUCCUGCAUAAACCACAUGAAACAAAUAUACGUACUGCCAUCACUACAAUGUUCGCUGAUUAUUGUUGCCAAAGUUCAUAGUUUUAUUAGGAAUUUAUAUCCAGCUUUUGGUGAUUUGUAAAGGUUGUGUUCAUCUAUAGUGAUAUGUGACCAGUGAUGAAAGAAAGAUAUGCAAUAACAUUAUUAUUCUGUGAUCCUCUGCAAGCAUGUUUAUGGUAAUGUGGUUUUCUUGCACCUUGGUUAAUUCUUUAACUGAUAGUAAUGAUCAGAGCAAAUUGUUGUUUUUAUGGUGUGAAUUUUGCAAGGAUAUCUUGUUGAAGGGUCUUCUUUUGACACACCAGGAGUCUUGCCACAUUUGUGCUUGAAAGGAUCUGAUUGUUUAAAAGAUUAAAAAGAUAUAUUACUUUCCGUAAGUAACCUUGCAGUUUUAGAAAGAAGUGCCUUUUGAAACAUGAUCAUGUCCAUUGCAGUUUUAGUGAUGUUUUUUAAGUGUCAUUUUUAUUAUUAAGUCCUCUCUAUUGCCCUUCCAAAUGUACCUUCAUAGUCCCAACAGUAGAAGUACCUUUAUAUCAUGAUCAUGUAAAGUGCUAUGUUGUGAAUGUUUAUUUGCUGAACACCCACAGUUUAUUUUUCAGUGAAGAUCUUGCUGUGGGCAGCCUUUUACUGCCUCUUAAAUGUUUUGUAUGAGAACGUUCUGCUGGUAAGGAUGUUGUUAAGUUUUAAAUGUGUACAUAAUGUUAAGAGCCCAGAGUUUCCCAAAGAAUUUUAAAACAAUGGUUGAGAGGGAUGGGGAAAGAAAGACAAGUUAAUGUUAAAGAUUUUUGGAUGUUAUUGAGGUACUCUGUGUAAAGCCUGUUUGCUUGUUUGAAACAAAAAAUUGAAGUUCUUAGCAGAAAGUAAACUUUAUGCCCUGUUUCCUAUGUGUAUGUUUGAGGAAUUUGAUUCCCCUACAAAACUUGCCUGUGUAUCAUACCAAAUACAGAAUAUGUGGGCAUAGGAAGUCCCUACUUAAUACAUGCCUUAACUUUCAUAUGAAAGGUUUCAUAUGCAACUGAGGAAUUAAGUAAUUUUUAAUUUGAUGUCUGCUUUCUGGCAAUCAAUGUAUCUAAGCUGAUUGUCUUUCGGUAAUUUCAUACUUUUUUACACAGGAUUUUACAGUUUGAUAUAUUGUUUUGUCUCAUUUGCUCACUUUUGUUGACACCUUUUUUUGUGCGUGAAUGUUUGUGCAUAUUUUUUAAGGUCUACUAAUGAGUAAUUGACUACUGAAUUAUGCAGAAAUCAUUUAAUUUUAUUUACUUUCUUGAUGACAAUUGUGAAUGUAAUACUUCUUGACUUAAGUAAAUGUAAAUAAUGAUUU